AUGGCCAGGGACAAGGAAAAGCACAAGGCGUCGUGCAAGCGAUGGAGAGAAACUAAUAAGGAAAAAUACAAGGCGUCGUGGAAGCGACGGUAUGAAGCUAAUAAGGAAAGAUACAAGGCGUCGAGAAAGCUAUGGUAUGAAGCCAACAAGGAAAGAUACAAGGCGUCGAAGAAGCGGUCGCGUGAAGCCAACAAGGAGGACAUCAAGAAACGGCGGGCAGCAAAUCGAGCGCGAAUGACAGCAGCGCACAAUAGUUCCAAAGGAUCUACAUGGACGAAAACAGAACAACAGACGACGAAGCAAUCCGAAAAUAUCAACGAUGCGACAUUGACGAAAAAGGCGGUGACGGGGCCAUCCCAUAGCGAAAACAGGAUUGAUGCAAAGAAAUCGCUUAUAUCGUCAGGCCAAGUCAAGCCUCAAGCGAAACUAUUGCAAGACCAACAGGCAAAGAUUACUCAGCCCCCUCCACUCCCUCUACACACUCAAAAGGCUGCGCCGAUUGUUCCGCCAUCUACCGUUAUCUACCUGGACCCCGUUGUGUUUUCGCUCAAAGUGCACAAGAAGUCAUUUCCCCACAAUGCCUGCAUCGAAUUCACAUUGAUUGUUGAAGAGUACAACUUCGUUGGUGUCGAACAAGGGUGCACCUCGUGUCACUUCCAAAGAGCGAUCUUCCCGUCCAGCAAGUACGUUGCAAAAGGCGAUCAAGGGCCCCGUAUGUGCACAUCGUGUCGCGAGUUGAUCUUUCUCCGGCAUUGUGGGCAUUUGUGGAAGAAUCAAGACUCGUCGAAGACAACGAGUAUCCCACGCACCGGCUCACCUCGUAUUGUCGAAGAAUUCGUCGUCUAGGAACUCCACGUCUUGAUGUGGGGAAAUAUAACCCUCCGUUUUUCAUCCAA